AUGACUUCGCGGCCACCCAUGACCGACCAGACGCGCUCAUGGUUUGAGCACGUUGCCGUUUCAAAAGAUACGAAUGUCGACAUCGUCGCCGUUCCGCCUAUCGGCGCCCAUCAUAGAAAGACAUGGAUGGCGCAUGGCGCGAACUCGUCCUGGCUUGAUACUGAACUACUACAGCGUAUGCCUCGAGCACGAGUCCUGCUGUAUAACUAUGGAGACCUGCGUGACGAUAAAAUCGAUACCUUGGGUGAACGACUGUUGAACCAACUACGUAGUGAGCGGAAACAUGAGUCAACUCGCCGUCCCAUCUUUCUCAUCUGCCACAGCACAGGUGGUCUCGUCGUUAAAGCAGCUCUAGCCCUGGCAUCGCGAGAGCCGAGCCAAUCCAUCUUAACCACCUGUCAUGGCAUCGCCUUCUUUGCAACUCCUCACCAAGGCUCGACUUACCUCUCCGCUGAUGAGUAUGCUGCUAGUAUUCGCCAUCUCCUGCAUCUGGAGCAUGAAACCCCAGCAGCCCUCAGGAAGCAAUUACGUCCCCGUCAAGAGCGGCUAUGGCAUCUGUCUAACCAAUUCAAGAGUCUUUCAGCCGAUAUGAGGGUCUGGUCUUUUCUCGAAACCGUGGAUUCAACUAUGCAUGUAAUCGACGCUGAGACAAAUAACAUAUUGGAGUUUCAUGUUCCCAUCACUUCGAUUCGGUCGGGUUUGUUGGAUAUUGAGCAUGAAAAAGAACUGCCCCUGGCAACAGACCACACGGGGACGGCAACUUUCCAUGGCCAGGAGCCCACCCGAGAUAGAUUUCUGCAGGAGCUUGGUGAUGCUGUUGACACUGCUGUUGAGAUAUCAAAGCGCGAGGAUACGCCGUUGGGCGUAGAACAGAAAGUCAUGGUUCAAAUUAAUGGCUUCUUCGAGGAUACUGCACUGGGCGUCAGUGACGAAACUCCGCUGAAGCUGUGGUCAACUACAGUGUCCUUGGAAGACUAUCUCUCUCGCGGUCCGUCGACUUGCCUUCGGGAAAGACUAGGUCGAGUCCAGCCCAGUGGCUUGGAUGAUUCGUCAAUCAGCAGUUUUGAUAGCCCUCGCUCAUCCUAUAUUGCUCCGGGCUCCGAUCUACAUGACCAUCAUCACAACCAUGAUGAGAAACCAAGGCCCCUGCGACCCCCUCUACCCUACAGGAAAAGCUUUGAUGAUCCAUCUGGUCCAUCUCCAAAAAUCCACAUUACCGAAGCAGAACGGGAGGGCUACUUGAAUGACUCACCAAGUGAAAGUCCACCGCCGCCGCAGGGGCACCAACGAAAGAGCUCACUCACCAAGGCGCUGGGGUUAAUUCCACUAAAGCGAUCCCACCGUCGGAGUGCUUCUGACAGCAGCUCCCAGGGAAGUAUCGAACGACCACCUUCGAGCUCUUCUACAUCACACCCAGUACUAUCGCCUUUUCUAGCAAUACCAAAGUCCACUCGUGAUCGUAUCAACCAGGAUGCCGACAGACCGGAUAUACCUCGAGCAGUUCCACGUUUCGAUCGACCCGAGGCUGAUACUGAGAAACUAAUGUGGAUCCAUGUGCCAUAUACGCAUACUGGUUGGGUAUCCCAAGUCAUCCGCCGAGCAUGUCAAGAUAGACAAGAGCCUAAUUUUGUUCGCAAAUUUAUCAAUGACGAAAAUUGGUACAACCGGCUUAAUAGAGCUCGUCAUCUCGAGCCUCAUGCACGUUUCGUCAAACCCGCAUGUAUUCACUCAAGACAAAUGGAUGUUUCACAAAGUCCUUCUGAUGCUUCUGAGGACCCUCAACUCGCUCUAUACGUUCCCUACCUCCACUGGGAUACAUACCGCAACCUAAUCCAACGACGCAAAGUAGUCGAAGACCGACUAAACCAAGGCCGAUCCAGACCCGUCCCAGGCCGAAUCUCAAAAGCAAGCUUGGAAGCCCAACUCAUCUGGACCUAUCUCGGCUGCGAGCCUCCAGUGCAUUUCCGUCGCACACUAGAUCAAUACGGGUAUCCCAAUCUGCGCUCGACGAUCGCUCGUGAUGAUGAUCAGAUGCUCUGGAAACGCACGCGCAGACCGGCGCGCAUUGACGAGCAACUAAAGGAGUAUCUGCAGUCUGCACAGGAUGAUCCCGAUAACGAGGAGAAUGUUGGCGAGUUUAUGGAUGGCAAUGUCCUGAUGGUUGAUCAGCUAUGGCUUUGGAUUGUUGAUCAGAAGACUGUUGUUACUUUCUUUCCCAAUCAGGAGGCCACGACCUCUGAGGGAAAGCUUUUUGAACAGUCGAACUUGCAUAGCAGCAUUUAUAAUGAGUUAAAUGGGGAUCUCUCGCGUCGUUUUGAGACGGCCGGGGACUUGGCUGCUCUUAUUAUGCUGCAUGCUGUCACUGUUCUCCUGGACAAGACUCUGCAUCAUGAUUUGCAGGUAUUGCGGAUCUUCGAGGAGUCAAUCAGCAUAUUGACCGAAUCCGUUACCAAGUCUUUCAAGCGCUUCCGAAAUAGAGGCUUCACCAACCGCCCGGCAGACUAUGACCGCACUUCAGACGGCAAGAUCAUGACAGCUGCCCAGCAAGAUUAUAAAGAAUUCCAGGUUGCUCGACGAAACCGAGAAGAUCUCUCCGUUCUGCUCGAGUUGCGCGACAUCGAGGACGAGCUAUCUACCAUCCUAAAGCUACUCGAUCAACAAGACACCGUUAUCAAAAGUAUGGUCAAAUACUUUUAUAACAAGGGGUGCGGUAAAUCAUUCCUCGAUACAGCACAGGAGCGGAUCGACGAAUAUCGUUCACAAAUCAACGAGAUGAAAGAAAACAGCCAUCUAGCACAGAAAGCAGUCGAAACCCUUCUCGAUCUCAAGCAGAAACAGGCAAAUGUCGACGAAGCCAAGAUGACUCGUUGGCAAGCUGAAGUCGCUCAAACGCAAUCGCGAGCAGUGAUGGUCUUCACCAUAUUCAGUGUUGUCUUCCUCCCUCUAUCCUUCUUCACUUCCCUCUUCGGAAUCAACGCCCGAGAAUGGAGCGGCCAACAGACAAACCCAACCCUAGGACAAAUGUUCGAGAUAGCAGCCCCGUCAUCCUUUGCAAUCAUCUUCCUCUCCCUCUUCAUAGCCUUCAGCGAUACACUACGCGAUAUCGUAUUCAAGACGCACAAAAUCGGCGCGGGCUUACUGAAAGAAUUUAUCUUGCAUCCGCUUAAAUCAUUCUUCUGGGAUUCCACUGCGGGUAGAAUACCUGUUCAUAUUGUGCCUGAGGACUCGGGGCUUAGGAAACGCUUCGACGAGUACCUGGGUUAUGGGAGGAGGAAUAUGCAGCGGGAUGAGGAUAUCUGGCAGCGGUGGCAGGGGGGUCCGAUUGAAGGGGGAAGGGGGUUAAGAAGGGGAAAUAUCUGGUGA